AUGUUUGGCUCCGUGCUGCUCUGCUAUUACUCCUUCAGUCUGCUGCGUCUCUCUUCUUCUUUGGUUCAUGGAAACAUCCAGUUGGACGACGGUCCAGCAGCCGGUCGUCUCUCCGAACCAUCGUACCUGUCUGACCUGGAGAGAAGCCACGCCACUGACCCUGUGCAUGACCCCGCCCUCCUAUCUGUUGACUCAGUGGAGGAUCAUUUCCUAAUGGACGCAGUGUCCUAUGACGAGGAUUCGGCAGCAGCCUUGCAGCUGCAGGGUCGGGCUAUGCGUUCACCUCGUCGCUGCAUCCCCCACCAGCAGUCCUGUCUGGGUUACCCGCUGCCCUGCUGCGACCCCUGUGACACCUGCUACUGCCGCUUCUUCAAUGCCAUCUGCUACUGCCGCCGUGUCGGCCACACCUGACCAUCCAUACACACCUGACGACAGAGGAGACGACUGAGGAAACAUGGAGACAGACUC